CUCCCGGCCCGUUUGCUAAAAAAAGUGCGACCUCUUCACCGCGUCCGACGAUCCCCCGCCUCGGUUCCCCACCCCGGUCCCUCUCUUCCCCGCAUUUCGCAAUGAUCCAUGCAGCUGCAGCGCCGCGCCGCGGAGGAGGGUCCAGUGACCAGGGCCCGGAUUGAGGGCGGCCAUCAGGGCGCGAGCACGCGCGUUCGACCGGCGGAGGCGGCGAGGGCGGGAUGUCGAGGGCGAACCGGCGUCGCUCCCCGGACCGUCUCGGCGAGCGGGUGGAGUUCAGGUUCUCCAACCUCCGCGCCGUCCAGGUGCCAGUAGUAUCUGACAGGCUGUUAAUUUCUAUAAUCUCAGUGGACACAGGCAAAACAAUUGCCAGGUCCAGUAAAGCUGCUGCUCGAAAUGGAAUAUGUCAAUGGCCCGACUCCAUACUGGAAUCAAUAUGGUUUUCUCAAGAUGAAGCAUCAAAAGAAUUUGAGGAUUGUCAGUGCAGGAUUACUGUUUCCAUGGGAUCAACAAAAUCUGGUAUUCUCGGGGAAGUUUUCCUGAACUUGACUAACUAUCUUAGUUCAGUAGACUCAAUUGCAAUCUCAUUGCCGUUGAAGAAAUGCAAUUCUGGAACAGUUUUACAGCUUAAGAUUCAGUGUCUUGGCACAAAGUCUAAGUCAAGUCCAACCAAUGAUGUUAUGGACAGCAAAACAGACGAUUCUGAUAUCAUGGUUCCCAGGAAUGCGCAUUUUUCAUCAAGAAAUCCUUUAGAUGGUGUUCAUCAAGAUGAAGUUAGAAUUAGGGAUGCAAGCUUCUCAUCAUCUCCUAGGGAUGAUUCCGACGGGGGAUUAUAUAUAGGGAGUUCUCGAACUCCAAGUCAAAACAUGCUGCAAGAGAGUAUAGCUGAGCCAUCCUUAAGUGGUGUUGCUCAUUUAUCAUUAAGGGCAUCUGGUUCAUCCAAAGCUCUCCUUGACACUGCUGAAGAAACAAUUGAGGAACUCCUUGCUGAGGCACAAAUGUGGGAGACCCAUUCUCGCCAAUUGAAAAAUGACCUAGAGACAUUGCAGAAGGAAUGUGAUGAAAAAUCUGUGACACAGUCUGAGCUACUCCUGGAACUUUCUGUUUCACAAGCAGAACAGGAGUCAUUAAGAAAGGAAAUUGAAGAAUUAAAAUCGUCUCUUGAAGUGCCUACAGCACAACAAACUGUUGCAGGAACUACCAAGUCUGGUGAUGUGAUAGACUUCGAGCAUGAACUAAAAGAUGAAGUACAGUUUCUGCGGGAAUCAAAUGAAAACUUGACAAUACAACUGAAGAAGACUCAAGAUGCAAAUAUAGAGCUUGUUUCUAUUCUUCAAGAACUGGAAGAAACAGUAGAAGCACAGAGAGCAGAAAUCUCCACUAUUUCUCAAAUGAGCAAUACAGUUGAUCAUGAGAUUCCCGUACAUGCAUUAUCAGUUCAAGAAGAUGCAGAGUGGGCAAGGAAGUUGUCGCUUAAAGAAAAUGAGAUUGUAGCAUUGAAGGAGAAAUUGGAUCGUGUACUCAAUGUAGAAAAUGUAAGUGGUGCUGGUACUGAUGCUAUAUAUCUUGAACUGGAAAAAGAGAAUGAAUUUCUGAAGAUAAAAAUGGAAGAACUUGAGAAUGAUUGUUCUGAAUUAACAGAGGAAAACCUGGAUCUUAUACACAAGUUGAAAGAAGUAACUGGGGUGGAAGGACAGGAUUCCUGCAUUUCUGAUAUUCAGGAAAUGUUAAAUGCAGAGGAUCUUUCUGGGACAUCAAAAUCUAGAGUAAAAUACCUAGAAAGAAAAUGUGCUGACCUUGAUAUGAGGAUACUGAAAUUUCAAUCGGAGUACCGAGAACUAGAAGAGAAGUUCCAAAAAAGCCAAGAGGAGAUAAAAGAGAGAACUCUUGAAUUAUCUGAACUAAGAGAUAACCUUAGCAAUUCACGUGUUAUGGAACUAGAGGGAAGGGAAAUCGAUGUUGCAAGCGGUCACCGAUCAGGAAGUGAAGAACUUGGAGAUACUGAAUCUGAGUUGAAUUUGCUAAAGGAUACAAUUCAGCUCAAAGAAAAAGAGAUCGAAGGCUUGCAUCAUUCUAAACUAGAAAUGGAAACCUUCAUACAUAAUGUUCUUGAACGGAAGAUACAUGAGCUUGAAAGCUGCAAAAUAGAACUAGAAUUGCAUAUAUCGAGGCUGGAAGAUGAAAAGUUUGAAUUAUUGGAGUCCAUUUCUGGAGUGGAGGCUGAGUUGAAUAAUCUGACAAGUGAGUAUGAAUCAUGUAUAGUGCAAAUGGAUGAUUCUAGAACACUUAUAAUAGAUCUCAAGGAUAAAGUAGAAUGGCAGCAAGCAGAGUUGGAAGCUCAAAAGGUGGAGCUAAAGCAAAAACAACUAGAGUUUCAGAAAAGAUUUUCAGAAGUCCAUGAGGAUUCAGAGGCUCUAAGAAGAUCAAAUGCUAAACUACAGGCUAAAGUUGAUAAUCUUGUUGAGGAGUGCAGUUCUCUUCAAGCAUUGACGGAUGAUCUAAAGAAGCAAAAGUUGGAAUUGCAUAGCUCUGCUACACAACUAGAGCAGGAACUGGAGCACUCUAAAAGAAAGACAACAGAAUUUUGCAAAACUGUGGAGUUCCUAGAGGCAAAACUUUCUUCAAUUCAGAAAGAUAUAUCUUCAAAAGAGCAAUCUUUUCUCUUGGAACUGGAGAAUGUAUUUCAGGAGCACAAGGAGCAGGAAGAAAGGAUAAGUCGUGCUCAUUUCCUUUUAAAUAAGAUCGAGAAAGAAAAAAUAAUCGAGGUAGAGAAUCUUGAGAGGGAGGUCUUGAGCCUUACUGCACAGUUGUCUUCAACACAUGAGGAGCGAGAAAGUUCCACUUUGGAUACUAUUCGUGAGGCCUCCAUCCUUCGAGCAGACAAGACAAAACUUGAGGCUAAUCUUAAUGAUGUCAGUGAACAAUUGAGACAUUACGAGUGUCAGUUGGAAGAUAUACGUAAGGAGUCUAAAAGCAAGAUUAAAUCCCUUGUUGAUUCACUCAAUGCAUCGAAACAGAAUGAAGAAACGCUGAAAACAGAUGCUGAGGAUAUGAGAAGGUUGAUGGAAGCUACUAAAUCUAAUGAAGAAAAAUUAAGAACAACUUCAAAUGAACUAGAACUGAAGUUUAAAACUAGCAAUUUUGAGAAACAACAAAUAAUGGAAGAAAAUUCUGGACUAAAAAAUCAAGUCCAGAAAAUAGCAGGCCUGCAAGAUGAACUUUUGAAACUGCAAAGUACCCUUGAUGAGGCUAAGUUUGAAAAGGGAAAACUUGAAGAGCUACUUCGGUUGUUGUCUGAAGAAUGUGAUGAACUAAAGGUACAAAAGGCCGUGUUAACAGACAAAGUCUCACACAUGCAGGAUACUUCCAACAAUAUUGAUGAAGAAAAACAAAGUAAAACAUCCAUGCAAGCAAAGCAUGAGAGAAGCACAAAACAGGGGAACAAUGAUCUAGCUACUGACAACGGAGGUUGUUCUCCAGUUAAUGAGGAACCAGACCUGCAAACAAAGAUCAAAUCACUGGAAAGUAGACUUGCCGAGGCUCUGGCGGAAAAUAGCAUGUAUAGGGCACAGCUGAAAAGUCCCAUGCCAGAGGGGCAAUCUGAGAGCAGGGAUGGCGAAGAGAAAAAUGAUGACAAAAUAGCACAAUUGGAGUCAGAACUAAAAGACAUGCAGGAUCGGUUGCUCAACGUGAGCAUGCAGUAUGCGGAAGUAGAGGCUCAGCGGGAGGAAUUAGUGAUGGAGCUUAAAAACGUAAACGCAAAGAAGGGACGGUGGUUCUAGCAAUUAGUGACAGAGCUCAAAACCUACUGGGUGCCAUAGUUGUUAGGCCUACAGAACACAGCACAGUGAUGGAAGCCUUUUGUUUUGGGGACCAAGGAUAGGAGCUCUGUCAUUCAUAUCAAGAAGAAAACACACCGCUCGCAAAAGGAAGAAAAAAGACAUAUCCUGGAAGCAUGUUGUCAAAAAAAUGGCAGAGGUGUCCAGAUCCUCGGGGCUGCCAUCGGGAGAACUGAGCAAGUGCACCAAGGUCACGGGCUCUCCAGUCCGAGACACAAAUCGUACAACAAUUCGCAGAACCUGGGAUGCCCUGAUACACAUCGACAGCGGUCAUGUUUUAAACUUUCAGUACUAUGUGACUAUGCGGGUUAGUGACAACUCAAGUUCAUUUGACCACACAGAGAUCACCCUGCCUUCUAGACACCAGGCAACAUAGCUGUUGUAGAUGUAGUUCCUCCUGUCCUGUGAACUGUGCCUGGAAAAGGGAUUAGUUAGAUGGUAAAUACUAGUUCAUCUCACUCUUCAAAGAACUUGUUUGGGACUGUUCGUUGACGUAUACAUAUGAUUUGUCUUUGCUUA